GUCACAUUCCAACCUCUAGCAUUCAUGGAAGGAACAACGAUAGUAUCUGUGGAGAAGCUGGGCGAGCUGUUGGGGAACUACUCGGAGGAAAUAACGUUAAAAUGGUCUACACUCAAGCACUGGUGUUCGGUAACGGGAUGACCGUCAAGUGCGAGCAGGAAAACCUUGUGGAGGGUUUGAGGUUUCUCCAAGAUAUCAAAUCCGACAAAGAGAAACUGAAGCCCUGCGGCAGACUCAUGAAAGCACAAAGUUCAUUAAGUCUGGGAUCUGAGUGCAGUUUGGAAGAUGAAGCAGGUGAAGAAGUGUGUCUUCAGCUUGAUCUCUCCAAACGCAUUGAGAAGUGUCUCUUUGAUGCCAAAGGGGCGAGUUUGCGCUGCCAGGAGCUGCGUCUGCCUAGGCGCAUGACCGCGCGUGUGGCUGGAGACAUCCUGCGCGCAUCCGUGGACGAGCCAUGCGGGAUACGAGGCGCCUUAAUCCACAUGUUCAUGGAAAACAAGGGCACACUACUGAAGCUGGGCAUCGUGACACCCGAUCAGAGUGUCACACCCACCUUUGAGCUGUCAGUCAUCUUACAGUCUGACUUGAACGGAUGGCCACCGCUAAGGAUCCUCUUUGGAGGCGGUAAAGUCUUAAGCAUCAAACGGGAAUACCGGCUGAUCAGGCGGAAGCUCUACUCAUCGGCCACUCCAACUGUACUCGAAUUUUAUUAAGAUGGAUUGACAUUGGAGUAAAAUGACAAUGUCUCAGGAAAAUUUUCAUCAAAGUUUUGCACAGUAUUUCUCACUGUUACAUUAAUUUAUUUCCGAGUUUACGGAAUCUUCUAAAAACGCGUGUAAUAAUUUAUAAUAACUGUCCAGAAUAACAUGAACUAUUAUUUAAGCAAUAUCAUACAAACACAAGAAUAUGGAAGCCCCUUUCCACCACAUGGAGAGAGAAAUCUGACUAGUCUUUUGACUAGUCAGAAUUAUGAGAAAAGUAGUCUAGAUGUAUACGAUAUUAAUAAUUAUUUUUAUCUCAAUUAUAACCAUCAUAACUUUUUUUAAUGUCAAUAUUUACUUUCUCAUUAUUUUGACUCCUCUUAUAUGACUUAGUAUCUCACAAUUAUGACUUCAAAUCUAAUACUUAGAAGAUCAUAUACAUAUAAAAGUCUAAAAUAUCAUGGAAAUCUCGAUUCCGAUAUAUUUUCGCAUAUGAUCUUGCCACUUUAUAAUGAAAGUUUUUGAUAAACGUUGCUAUAUAUAUGCUAUAUCUUACAUUUUUGUAAUAUUGUGCCACUUGUUUUUGGUCAGAUGAAACCCAAUGUUUUGUGACAUAAGUUGAAUAUGACUGUGAAGGGCGUUACCACUACAGAAUGUUCUGUUUUGAUUCUUCAGUAUUGUUUGCACAGAUGUUGAGGGAUAUAGGAGGGUUCAUAUAUGAAUCACUUCACCACACUAUAUAUAUGUUGACAUCACUGUAUAUUAUCUCUGUGUGUUUUGUAACUUUAAAAUGAAAGGGACAAGCUGGCAUUGUCUCCCAGUAAACCAAAACUACUGAAUCAGUUGUAAUUUAUUUUUAAAGCACACCGAAAGUUUAAUAAAUUAUCCUUAA